AAUAACAACACGUAUAUACAUAAAUAUAUAUAUUAUUUACGAAUUUGAAGUAUUUUUUAUUUUUGAAACAUAAAUUUUUACCAAAAUUUUAAAAAUAUAUUAUUUAUAAUACUUUAUCAUAAUUUUAAGCAAGAACUAGUAAAGAAGAACCAGCGGUUAUAAUGCUAUUUAAGUUUUUAAAGUGGUAAACGAUAACAAAGAAAUAAAAAAUUAAUAAUAAAAUAAGCGAGUAUAUUAGUGUCUAUAGUAGUGGUUAUAUUAGCGGCUAUAUUAUUGGCUUUAUAUAUGUAUAUACAUAAUUAUAUUUUUUAAAAGAAAAUCAAAUUAAUAAUGAAUGCAACCGUUGAAGAAAGUACCAUGCAAGUUCAGACACAAAUAAAUAAUGAUAAUAUUCUUCACAACAAUACUAGUAGCUUAGACAAAGAAAACAUAACGAGUGAAAAUAUGUAUAAUGCAAAUAAUGACAACGUAUCCAACAUGGAAGGUAAGGAUAAGAAUAUCGAUGAAGGUGAGAAAGGGGAUAAUGUACCAGCUAGUGAUAUGAAUAAUUAUAAUAAUAGUAAUGGAAAAGAUGAAAAUACAAAUAACCCAACAGAAAACACUGCAAACAAGAGUAGUGAUCGUUGGGCUGACAUGUGUGACGAUAUGGAGGAUAUCCCAUUAGUUGAUGAAUAUAGUAACGAAACCGAAACAAACACUCAAUUUAUGGGAACAAGUUAUUAUAACAACGACAUGAAUAAUAACAUGAAGCAGAAUUAUUACAAUCCUAACAAAAAUGGUACGU